AUGGUUUUGGAGGAUUUUGAUAUGGAAGAAGAUAGCUUACCCGAUUUGGAGUUGAGUUAUCUACCUACUGAGUUGAUCAAUACAUCAACUUGUCCACCUAUGAUCAUUGCAAAUGAUCGACAGCUUCAAAAUUUUGUUGGUUUUGUUCAAAAGUGUGUUUCUACUCGAUUGUGUGUAACAUCUAAAGCCAAAGUUGAGAAUCUGAAUGAACCAGACUUUGAUCUUAACAAGUCGCCAGCUAAUUCAAGUACUGCUCAAAAGGAGGGAAACUCGGUUGAUUGGGGGAACGAACCAGCUCCUGUGUUUGUUGAGAGGCAGUGCGAGAAAAAGAAAGAAAAGAUUAGCAGAGUCGAAGUUGAUGAGGAUGCCUAUCAUGCUGAUACCAUGAUCUCGGCCAAAGAAGACAUACAUAAGAUGUCAAAGUUUUCUGUGCUCAAUGUUGUUAAGAAGGGGCAAUUGUUUGAGAACAAAACUUUACUGAAGGCGACUUUCGAGAUAUGUGCAAUGAAGCAUAACUUUCACUACGAGGUUAUCAAAACGGAUAGACAGCUUUGGUAUGUUAGAUGUGAGGAUAAUGCAUGCAAUUGGUGUGUUCGAGCAGAGUGUUUGAAGGAUUAUGCAUAUUUCAUUAUCAAAAAGUAUGAAGGGGUUAAGGAAGGGCCGAAAUGCAAUGAUAUAAUACAGAUUAUGCUUAUGGAUCAUGGCUAUGAGAUCACAAAAUCUUUAGCAUGGGAUGCUCGUGAAUAUGCGGUUAAUGCUGUUAGAGGUAUACCAGAGAGAAGUUAUGGAAAAAUACCGAAAUACUUGCACAUGCUGAGAGAGGCUAAUCCGGGUACACAUUCAUCGUAUGAGAUUGACAUCAAAGGGAGAUUUCGGUACCUGUUUAUUGCAUUUGGGCAAUCGAUACGAGGAUUUAACAGAGUCAUAAGGAGGGUUAUUGUUGUUGAUGGCACUUUUCUGAAGAACAAAUACAAAGGAGUUCUAUUGGUUGCAACUGCCGUAGAUGGAAAUUCUAAUUUGUAUCCUCUUGCAUUCGGAGUAGUCGACUCAGAGAACGAAAAUUCUUGGGAAUGGUUUAUAAGACAACUAAAUAUUGUCAUUGCUGAUGAUCAUCAUUUGGCUUUCAUUUCGGACAGACAUGCGGCCAUUGCUAAGGCGCUUGAGACUGUGUAUCCAACAGCUAAACAUGGUAUUUGCAUUCAUCAUUUGUUGAAUAAUGUGGUAACAUAUUACCAUGGGAAAGGACUUGUUGGGUUGGUUGCAAAGGCGUCAAAGGUUUAUAGAGUUGCUGAGUUUGAAAAGAUAUUUGCUAAUGUGUGUAAUAUCAGUCCGGCAAUUGGAAAAUACCUAAGGGAUGCUGAAAUCCAAAAGUGGGCAAGAUGUCAAUUCUCUGGAUAUAGAUAUGACAUAAGGACAACAAACCCUGCCGAAUCCAUCAACUCUGUUUUGCGUUCGCCGAGAGAGUAUCCAAUUAUUCCCUUGUUGGACAGUAUCAGGGAGAUGCUGACUCGGUGGUUUUAUAACCAUGUGGAGAAAAAGAUUGAAAGGAGAACCGAGAAAGGGAAAAGAUUUGUAGUUUACCCUGUCAGCGAUGAUCAAUUGCUUGUUAGAGGUGAUAAAAUCGACUGCUUAGUUGAUUUGGAUAGAAAUACUUGCUCAUGUGGGAAGUACAACCUGAUGAAGAUACCUUGUCGGCACGCAAUUAUAGCUGGUUUUCAUGUUGGCAGACAGCCACACACGUUGACUGAUUUAUUUUACACUACAGAAGCUUGGCGAGAAGCUUAUCAUGAAAGCAUCAAUCCUAUUGUUGUUCCUGAGGAUGCUUGGUCCAUGCCAGAAGAUGUUGUCGUGGUCAAUGUGCUACCACCAGAGUCAAGAAAAUCAGUUGGAAAGAAUAGAAAACGCAGAUAUGAUACUGUUGAAGAUAAAAUUCGGUCAUCGUAA